AUGCUGGUGGAGAUCUUCGCCUUGCUCCCCCACACCAACCUGCCAAGCCUGGCCCAGACCUGCACCAAAUUCCACCACAUCCUGCAUAUCGACAGCAUCUGGAAAAGGCGCUGCCGGGAGGAGUAUGGCCAGCUAGAUUAUAGCUAUAGAGGACUGCUGAAUGUAAUGGUGGAUGGCUUAUGCAUUACUGGUUGGACGUACAGGCCUUCCCUUAACACCCAUGUGGAUGGCCCAAUGCAAUUCGAGCCCUCGUUUAGAAUUCGCCUGACGGAGAGGAAAUCAACCACGGUGGAGUACAUGGACAACUUAUACAGCUUUUCCCACAGCCACCUCAUGCAGAUUCAGAAGGACAGGUUCAGCAUCCAGUGGAUCAAGAGAGACCACCGAAAGGAUUCACCAACGCGGCUUAGGAGAGAACGGGGGCGGGUGCUGGUGCAGGAGGACAGACUGCUGUAUGACUGGCUGACCUACCGCUGCAUGGUGCUGGUGCAGGAGCACAGCCAGCGGUAUGACUGCCAGACCUACCGCCGCGUCUACCUCCCGCGGAGCCACCCGGACGACCUCAUCAGGCCAGGCCUCUUCCACGGCAAAUACGAUGCCUUCGGCCUAAUGAUUGCCAUGCUCAGCUUCCAUGGGAAGUAUGCCAGGGUCACGAAGAUCACGGGAGACUUCAUCGGGACGUUAGAGAUCCACCUCAUGCGCCGCAUCCAGCUGCUGGAUGGCAAGAUCUUCCGCAACUUCAAGCAGCUCUCCCGCAUGGUCCACGAGAUUGAUGAGCAGGUGAUCUGGGAGCGGGAGCAGCAGCAGCAGCAGCAGCAGCAAGAAAACUGGACUGAGAAAAGCGAGGGCCAUGGCUGGCAGAGCCCUGCCCAGCCCAGCGUCGGGGAGUCUGGGGCUGCAGCUUCGGAGGAGCAGCCUGUUCCGUUUGUUCUGCCUGUGGGCGUGCGCUCAAGACUCCAGAACUACCCCCGAACCUGCAGGAUGUGUUUCUAUGGCGUUUACAUUGGUACCUUAGAGCCCUUCGCCUACCACAGGCGCUUCCCUGGAGUCUUCAUCCUGUUUGAUGAGAACCACUUGGGCUUCAUCGUGGGAGAAGAAAAACUGAAGGAUAUAAAAAAGAAAUGCCUUGCAUUUCAGGAGUUCCUUGGAUGUGAGGGCCAUCUUGCUGUGACAUCUGUCACCCCAUUGAUCGCCAAGAUUGAUUCAGCUGCUCUGACUGGCUAG